CCCUGACUCUCGUCGCCCGGUCCAUCCGGAAGGCUGCAGCGCCUAUAUUCGUCGCGGACCGCGGUCGCCAGCUGCCGCCAUAACUAUCCGAUAGAGGCCGCAGUGUCAUGCCCUGCGCAUUCAGACUAUCCGUCAUCGUUGGUCCCCAUUUGCCCAAUUUCGGCAGGGAGGGCUACGCGCCUACCGACCUAGACUGGAUCCACAAAGACGUUGAUCGCGAUGCAGACGUCUACCUCCGCGUCUUCCGCGCAACCGAGGGCGGGCCCUCUGGGAAUCACUGGUCUGCAGACUGGCGGGUGGGCGCGAUGGCGGACGGGCCUAUGCUCGCAGGCCUCUCUGCGAUCCGGAAGCUGGAGGUCCAGCAAGAUCCUGGACACACACACCUCACGAACUGGGGCCCGCGCACAGGCAUGGUAGACAUGAUGACUGCAGCGGCCCAAGAUGCCUUCUUCCUCGGGCGCCUCAGCCUCCCGCAGCGAAAGCACCUCGAGCGCAUCGCAGCAUGGGAACCCGUCAGGGUGCCGGAUGGCAUCUGGAACUGCCAGCACUGGCUGAAAAGCGUGCUGAAGAAGGCGGUGGAGGCUGGCCUCCUCGAGGCAGAGACGGUGGCGCGCGCCGUAACCGCUGCAGCCAUGGUGCCCAAUCGCAAGGUCACACAGGCAGAGCGCGACUUGGGGAAGAACAGAUACAUAUUGUGAUGAUCAUGAGAUGGAUCGAUAUAUCGCGAAAAGUACAUAGCAGCCCACCCUGUACCUUAGAUUCACUUUUUAGACCCAUCCCCAGGGCUUUCUAGUACUACCGCACCUCCAGCAUCCUGUAGCAACGUACCACUAUUGUCCUGCUCAACGAUAUCCUUCGCAUCUACGGCGUCCGGUGCGUCAGCACACCUGCUCGACGACCAAUCUUCCCCUUUCACAGCUGCUAUGCCAAGGCUCCCCAGGGAUGACCCAAGCGGUUCGCCCAUAUGUGUCACUUUACUCGCGGUUGCAAUGCCGAAGUGCCGCUCGUACUCGUGUAGGGCGCGAGGCUCAAGCUCCUGGCUGUACACAGCAUCGCGGCGCUCGAUGAACUUCUGUUCCUCAUUCUCGGUGCGAAGGGAGAGCUUGCCCA